UGCCCUGAAAGCAGCAUAGUGGUCUGUAGACUUUAGGCAGAGGCAAAGCCAUGUCUCUUACUUGAGGCUUGUGGAUAAAACACACGUGUAGAGUUUGGCGCCGUUUACUGGAGUAGUGAAACACUCCCAUGUGGCCCUGCUGUUGGGUAGACAACACAAUCCCAAGUCCAAUCAAAGGCAAAGGUACAGGUUCAUACCAGAGGGUGCAGAUGGCAAUUGAUACCAUCCAGCUCUUCUCUUGAGGAAACAACAAAAGCAGAUCUUGUUCUCCAUUUUCUCCAUGGGAUAGCGCUGGCUGUCCACCAUGUCAGUAGCCAUACGAAAAAGAAGUUGGGAGGAGCACGUCGCUCACCCUUCAGGAUUACAGUAUAGCUAUGAUGACCUGGAUCUGGUCUGCUGUCAUGGGGUGGACAGUGAGGCACUUUGGAUGGGAGCUGAGGCUUCCAAACAAGGUCGACGAACGAGGUGUGCCUCCAUGCCAGAGGGCUGCCACCAACUGCCCACAGAGGAUCUGGCUCAGACACUUGAGGUGACAACUUCUGUUGUGAAUGAUGAUACUGGAUCAGAACAGUUGAAACUAUUGGGAAGCAAUGUGAAAGUUCCACUGGAUUUGCAGGAAGAGUUAGUUCACCGCCCUCAUGAGUUGGUGGAUGUUGACGUUCCCGAAAGGGCCUCUGAAUCAGAGCAUUUCCAAACCGCAAGCAUUGGGAAUUCUGGGGAAUUUCACUGUACCUCACGCAGUAGGUUGUCUACUAUAAAUAUUUCUUGUGCAACUGAUAGCAGCAGUCGCAGUCACAGUGAGAAAACUAUCAAUGGUGAAGGUGAAGUUGGUACAGAGAGUAGCCAGAGUUACGACAUCUGCAAUGACGAUAAUGCCUUUAAAAAUCCACAUAUCUCUCGUGAACAUCAACAAUGCAUCUCUAUCUCCUCAAACAAUGGGCCUCCACUGUCUGAAUCUGCUGGUGAACAGCCUGGCAAACUGCCAAAUCAUCAGGAAACAAAGGAGAGUCAUACAGAGGGUUACAGCAGACCUCCUGAAAUCCCUGAGGCCUCACUAAACCAGUCCUCCGCUGCUGAACUGGAACCUCAAACUGACCUUCCAGAUGUAGAGGAAACGAAGAUUUCCAUCUCCAACCGUGCUGAUGCAAGUGUAACCUUACCUGUUGGUGUGCUGCACAGUUCAGUUAAUAUGAUGUCGCAGGCUAACAAAACUGUGAAACCCGUUGUGACUUUAGUGGUAGAAGAAGUAUGUGACAAAGGAGUAACUGAAAGCUGGAGCGCAGAUUCUGCUGACAAGCUGGAUGGAUUAAAUGACCCAGAAACUCUAAAUGAAAAUACAGGACUUAAACAUCAUUCAAGAGACAUUCAAGGAAGAGAGCAGGAUCGUCAUGACUGUACUGGGGUAUUGGAUCAGACGCAUGGUUGUGAAACAUCCUACCAGACACUGUUGGAACCGCAUAAUGUUGAACUGACAGCAAUGAACUGGCCUCAGGGAGAGGAAAGCUGCAAGAAAGCAGCAGAAGUCAGGUAUUGGCCAAUCACAUCAUCUGAUAUUUGUUUUAAAGGUCAGUGUUGCUCUUUGACAGUUAACAGCUGUAUGCCAUCUGAAAAACUGGAUACUGGAUAUUCAGAAGGAGACCCCAUACAGACUAACGUUACUCAGUGUGCAGACCAGUAUGUGGAAACGACGACCUCCGUAAGUCAACCAAUGGAAAACAUUGAUGAAAGUUCAAUGUCCAAAGAGUUGGCUUGUUGUGAGGAUCAUACCAUAGCUCGGCAGUUGGAAAAUAGCUGUUCAAAACUGGAUUCAAUCCCAGAAGCUAGCCACGUUGAGCCAUAUGACACCCUUGUACUGGAUCCUCAAAAGAGUUUGGAUUUCACCCCAAAUCCAGAUGUUCAGCACUCCCACAUCAAUGAGAAACAUGCAGCUUCCGUACAGCACACAGAAAACGUGCCACCAUACUCUGCAGAGGUCAACGAUGAGCUCCCACCACAGGGACUCUAUGGCAACCAAAAAGCCUUUGGUUGUUACUUCAGUGAGUCACCUGCAGCGGCAGAUGGUCAGAGGGAACACCACAGGCCAAGAGUCACAGUCUCUAGAAUGGAGGAGACGGAUGAGGCCGCACACACAGUUAUUUACAGUGACACACAACUCGCCAGUCCAGUUUUAGAUGGGACAAAUGAGCCUGAAGAUCAGAAAGAGGACAAUGUGGUCAAAGUGCGCAUGAGAAAGUGUGAGCAUGCUCGUCUGGACUCAAUGGUGUUGCUGCUGAUGAAACUCGACCAGUUAGACCAAGAAAUUGAGAAUGCCCUCAGUGUCACCUCCUCGAUGGACAGCACCCCCAACCUCCAUCGACGACAACUGGAGUUUGAUUUAGGAUCUGUGCCAGCAGCACACAUUCCCGCUGCCUCCACCUCAGGACCUACACCAGACCUUGGAGCAAAACCUAAGAGUGGGAGCACUUCUGCCGUUCCUGAGAAAGAAAUAGCUGAGAUCGAAGCCAAAGAGGCCUGUACCUGGCUCCGAGCAGCAGGGUUCCCACAGUACGCCCAGCUUUAUGAAGAUGCCCUGUUUCCCAUUGACAUCUCUUCAGUCACCCGAGACCAUGACUUCCUCGAUCGGGACUCUAUCGAGGCUCUCUGCAGGAGACUGAACACCCUCAACAAGUGUGCUCUAAUGAGACUGGAGAUAUCACCGCAAAGAAAAAGAAGUGAGGACUCCGAUGAGGAUGAGCCUUGUGCCAUCAGUGGCCGCUGGACCUUCCAGAGGGACAGCAAGCGCUGGUCCCGUAUGGAGGAGCUGGAGGUUUUUUCCACACUGUCCACAGAUGCUGCUCCGUCCCCAUUCCCCAAGGACCAAGUACCCCAGAAAGGCAAGCUCGCCCUGCGUGAAGGCAACAGUUCAGAGAGUGUGCUGACUGACCUCAGUGAACAGCCUGAAGUGGGCUCUAUCCACAGCAGCGGGAGUGGAGGAAGAGGAGAUGAGAAGAGCCAAGUUGCCACCCUGACAAAUGAAGUUGUACCAGCUGGUGCCACUCGUGCCAGCUCUGUAACUAGCAUGUGUUCGUCCUCGGGCACAGGUGGGUCAGGAUGUGCUAAUGAGGACUCCCUGUCUGAUGGGAUGCCUCCAUCGCCCCUGGAAACACUAGGACAGUUCACCUUUGAUGUGAAAACAGGAAUUGGAGGACUAGGAGGAAGUCUGGACAGAGGAGGUGGCAGUGGCAAAAGCACACGCUCAAGAGCUAAGAGCUUCCUCAAGAGGAUGGAGAGUCUACGGCUGCGCAGUGGCACCACCUCCAAGAGAAAGAAGAAGGGGAGCACUAGCGGAGGGAAGAUAGAAAUAAGUGGUCCUGUCAUUAAAGAAGGUCUAGAUGAUGACAAGUUGCGGAGGCUCAACUGUGUGGACAUCUCCAGUAUCAACAUCAACCAGAACCUCAAUCACCACCGCAAUCCCACUCAGACUAUGACACUUAACCGGAAUCGCUCUGUAUCCUACUCCACUCAAACCAGCAACGGCAGCACUGGAAGCUCUGGGAGCAGCCAGUCCGAAGCUAGCAGUGGUAGUGCAGUAAGCACACCAAGCCCAGUGACUCGCGCUCGCAGCCACAGCACAGCGGCUGGCUCUAGUAAGAGAGGAGGAAUGUAUUUGGAGGGUUUUGAUCCUUUCAGCAUUCCCCAACAUGCUUCAGGUAGACAGCCAGCACCCCCACCCAAAUCUGCCCCGCCCAUCCCCUGUCAAGGUAGUAAUGGGAUGACAGUUGAUGAGCAGAACCACAGGAACAACUUCAGUGUUCGAGACAAUAGUAGACAAGCGGAAGAAGAAGAGGAGGAGGAAGACGGGGGCAUGAUUUUCUUCUAUUUACCAGAAGGUCACAAGCCCGGAACCUUCCCCAAAGCCCUGCAGGACGGGAGUUCACGCAAUAAUAAUCGGAAUGAUGACGGGAACUCAGUGAUUCUAAGGGGGCGGCAAAGUAGACGCCAGCAUCAUGGCUCUUCAGGCUCCGUCGACAGCCGGCUCAGUUUUUAUGACAAUGUCCCCCACACUGAGAGAGAGGAGGAGGAAGAGGGGGAUGAACACAAACUGGAGGAAGUGCUACAACAUGUCAGCGGCCUGCAGCGGUUUGUUAACGCCUGGUCGGAGGCUGUGGCUGGUGAAGAGGAGGAAGAGGAGGAGGAUGAAGAAGAAGAAGAAGGAGACUCAGAUUCAGCACUGGACUCAGCCUCCCCAUGCCCGUCCUCUCCUCUGCAGAACCGGCUUGAGGAGACGGAGAACGGAAGUGACCAAGACAGCACAGGAAACCCGCUGGGCGAAGGAGAGGAAGGGAUGAGAGAGAGGAGAGAUUCUGGUGUCGGGGCAUCUCUAACCAGAACUAGCAGGCCACAGAAACUCCGCUGGCCAAGCUUCCAGAACUCGCACCGGCCCAGCUUGGCCUCUGCCCAACUCCAGAUUAGCUGCCAGUCUGUGCUACAGAUGAAUCUGCUCCAGAAGCUGUCCCUGCUGCAGCUCACUGCUCUGCUGGAGAAACACACCCCUACAAACAAACAUGGCUUCAGCUGGGCUGUGCCAAAGUUUAUGAAGCGGAUCAAGGUGCGUGACUACAAAGACAGGAAUGUAUUCGGUGUGCCACUACAAGUCAUCGUCCAGCGGACAGGCCAGCCCCUCCCUCAGGGAAUUCAGCAGGCCAUGCGCUAUUUACGCAAUCAGUGCCUCGACCAGGUGGGUCUUUUCAGGAAAUCAGGAGUUAAAUCUCGUAUCCAAGCUCUUCGUCAAAUGAACGAGGUGAGCGGCGCAGAUGGGGUUGGCGUCAACUACGAGGGCCAAUCGGCAUAUGACGUUGCAGACAUGCUGAAGCAGUACUUCAGAGAUUUGCCAGAACCCCUGCUCACUAGCAAACUGUCUGAGACCUUCCUCCAGAUUUAUCAGUACAUGCCUAAAGAGCUCCGUCUGCAGGCAGUUCGUGCCGCCGUGCUGCUGCUGCCUGAUGAGAGCCGUGAGGCAUUGCGGACGCUGCUGUGUCUGCUGAGUGAUGUGACGGCCAGUGUGGCUGAGAAUCAGAUGACCCCCACCAACUUGGCUGUUUGUCUGGCUCCGUCACUCUUCCACCUCAACACCCUGCGCCGCAAGGAGAGCUCUUCGCCAAGGGUGAUGAACAGGAAGCAGACACUGGGAAAGCCAGACCAGAGAGACCUGAAUGAGAACCUGGCUGCCACUCAUGGCCUGGCACACAUGAUCCAGGAGUGCAGGAAACUCUUCCGGAUCCCAGAGGACAUGAAUCGCUGCAGGAACUCAUAUGUGGAGCAGGCACUGCUGCCGCGACGCUUGGAGGACCUCGCAGGUGAAGAGGUCGGGCAGGGGGGCUACAGGGCCUAUCUACAGGACAGCCUAGACGCCCUCCUCAAAGAGGCCAAGGACAAGUUUAAAGGUUAUGACAGCUGCUCCACACCCGAGCACGCCGAGUUGGCCUGUAGGAAGGUGCAUGAUGGCUUUCCACUGAGGCUGUGGAAGGUGACCGUGGAGGUGCCUGCGAGCCCCGAGGAGGUUCUUACACGAGUGCUGCGGGAGCAGGGCCACUGGGACGAGGACCUGCUCGAGAGCCGGGUGGUGGAGACCCUGGACGAGAGGACGGAGGUCUACCAGUAUGUCAGGAACACCAUGGCUCCACAUCCCACCAGAGACCAUCUGGUACUCAGAACAUGGGUAACAGAGCUGCCAAAGGGAGCGUGUGCAUUGGUGUCUACAUCUGUGGACCACGAAGGCGCACCUGUUGUAGGCGUUCGGGCCAAUGUCCUCACCUCACGCUACUACAUCGAGCCCUAUGGAGCCAACAAAUCCAGACUCACACAUAUUUCCAGGAUCGACUGCAGGGGUCGGUUUCCAGAGUGGUACAAUAAACUGUAUGGACACUUGUGCGCUGCUGAGGCGGCAAGGAUACGUGACUCAUUCACUGUGCCCAUGGACAAAUGAGAGAGCGGUGUGCAGUGUGACCAACAACAGACUCAACAGUUCCUUGAGCAGCGAACAGUUGGACCAUAAUUUGGAUCUUACAGAGGACUUUAAAAUGACUCAUUCCACCAAUUUCAGCAGAGAGGUAGAUUGAGCCCAAGCCUCUUUAUACUCACAUUUAAAGGACAAAUCCUGGAUUGAAGGACUUGUUUUUGCGCUCUGAUUUUGUCACAACAGACGAUGUUAUCGUUUAAAACUGUUCUGUUGGGGCAGUCAAUGUGCUGCCAAGGGGGGUCUCAUGUCACACAAACAUUAUUCUGGGCCAAAGGACACGAUGACGCUGAUACAGGAUGUGAAGUUUAAACUUUAUCCAGAGGGUGCUAUUGCUUCUGAGAAGCCAGGGGGAUUCAACAAUACAAGUGUGUGUGUGUGUGUGUGUGUGUGUGUGUGUGUGUGUGUGUGUGAGUGUGAGAGAGAGAGAGAGAGAGUUCAAAGCAACAAACGGUUAAUAAAUACAUAUUCCUCACACUGGUUUCCAGUGGCACCAUAAUGUGUACAUAAAAUAUUCUGCUCAUAGUAACGGUCUUGCGUUACCUCUACCUUUUCAGUUACAGCAAAGCAUAGGAGGAAUAUUAGACUGAAUUAGAAUAUUAUGGUCAGCUGAUUGAUGAAUCCAUGGGUGAAGAAAGAUGUGAAUGUGCUGGUAAUAUGCAGACUGAGUGGAGACUAUAGACGAGAUAUAGUGAGAUGACAGGUGGCUGAUAGCAUAGAGGGUUUUAGUGUUUCAGUAGAGGAAGGCAGAGACAUGAGAAUCGGUGGCUGGCUCACCAAAAAGAGAAGGAAUGAUGAAUGAAACGGCCUCAUUUACUAACAUACAAAUAAAAGAAUUAAUUAGUUUUGGAUUUUGUUCUUAAAACAGUUCAGAAAGGAAGUGGUUGUGACUAAGGCUCGAUGUUAGGUGAAUAUUGCAUAUUUUACAGGAUCACACAAACAAAAUAAAAAGUUAAGACCAACAGAUACUUCAAAUGGACCAAAUUUUGAAAAAAGUUGAAAGAAGUAGCUUUCCCAAAUUGAGCUUUUCCUUGCUAAUAAAAAAGUUAGUGGUAGUGUUGUCACGAGCACAGUCAAUUCACAUUUUAUUUUUUAUUGUUUUACGCUGAAUAUCACUUGUACGUUUAAAAAAAAUACGAACAAUAUCGAUUUCACAGUUAUUUUAGGUGUAGAUGAGAACAGAAAAAAAACAAUGCACUGUUCUAACUUGCAACAGAAACCUCUGGCUAAGCCGACUGAAGAUGAGAAGUAAACACAGGGAAAAAAUGGUCCUUUUAUAAAGGUGGAGAUUUUACAGGUUUUACUGUAAAGAAGAGGGCAGAUUGAAUGUUUAUGUGGUUUUAAAGGAAGGGAAACUAUCUUUGUGGACGCUUCUUUCUCUGUGCUGUCAUGUCAGUGUUUUUAAAAAAAGAAGUAAGAGAUUCAGGUCGUCAUAACAAAGUUGACCUUCAUUUAUAACACUCAUGCUUCAAUCUGAAGGCUCGCAUUUGCUGUGUCGAGUUGUAGGAUUAAUUCACUAAGCCAUUGUUCAUAUCGUAAAUGUUUGUACCUAUAACCGUGUCUUUGCCAAAUAAUAACGCAUGACAAUGACAGUUAAUUUAAAACAAAUAUAUUUAUACCUCAGAUAUAUGUUUGUUUUGUAUCAUACCAUUUUAUGUUAUUUUAUUUUAUUUUAUUGUAAAUGUUAAGCUUUGUGUUACAGAAUCGAACAAAUGUUUUAUCUUUUUUAUUAAUAUUAUUUCUGUACAGGUUAAUCAAAGUGCACUAUUAAAUGUAUUACGUUAAAAUAAACAAUACGUGUUCUGAGA